UCCUAUGUAAGCUUGUUAUUCCUGUCAUACAGACUUUCUGAGUGGGACCUGGUGUGUGUAUGCUCCAGUGUGUGCACAGCACACAAAAACAGUCUGUGUUGGCGGAGGCUAUUUAAAUAAAUGUAAGUUCCAAUUUAAAUAAAAGCAGACUUAUACAAGACUGGUGAUAAAGUGCAACUCAAAUAAAGUAGUGGCACAGUACAAAGACAAACUGGCAACAAUUUUAUAAAUGUUUUUCAAGGGGAUUUUGGAGGUGAGUGAGGAAGUAGAUUGGUAUUUCUGCUCAGAGCAGUUUUGGACACUCAUCUACACUUUUUUCAAACAUUAGCUGAAGGAAAAUGGAGCAGCAGAAGAGACCCAGGAGAAGCGGUCGUGCUGAACAGUUAAGCUCAACUACACUAAGAGGAAAGUGAAAUUGAAUCUCUGCAGUGGGAGUACUGAAUGGCUGUGUGUGUUGGGACACAGCACCACCUGCUGGUCACAGACAAAACCUACCAAACUCGGUUGCUAUGGUGACGGAACGCAAACGCGGAAACAGCCUCAGCCAUUGCGAAAGAAUGAGAGAGUGAAGGGUUUAAAGAAUACACUCAUACGUAAUACCGAGAAGUCUUUUAUGGUGACGUCAUAACAGCGAUACUGCCUAAGAAUGCUAUCAGCAGUACCUUCAGCUAAAGAGGAAGGCCAUGAUGGGAAGCGGACAGAACAGAACCCCUUUAAGAUGCCUGAAGAUAGCAUCAUCUUCCACUUUAGAAAGACAGAGAAAGCUCGGAGAAAACUAGAAAAUCAGAGAGAUCUGAGUCUGACUGUCCACGAGAAGAAGACAUACUCAGGCAGAAUAAAAUCCAGACAGUUAGAACUGAGGAAAAAGUUGAGAGAUGGCCUGGAGGAAGAGGAAGAGGGCACCACAAACCGCUCACAGACUGAAGUCCAGCUUCCCCAAAAUGCCCCUGCAUCCAAAGUGAUCAUGAUCAAAGAUCGUAACAUUGAAAAAGAGAGCAUACGGGAGUUCAUUAACAAGAAACGAGAGAUGUUCUACCUAGAGUAUGCUCUGGCAGUAAAGAGAGAAGAGAUUGCACGGUUAGAGGAGCAGGCAAGUCGUGAAGAGAAAAAGUUGGCUAAAGCUGAAAAGCUCCUGGAGGAUGAUGCUGCAUUGUUUGACACAUUUCUAAAAGAAAACGACAAGAACUCAGUGGAGGCCAUCAGAAUUGCUGAGCAGGAGAGCAGAGCAAAGCUGGACAAAGUAGCUGAGAUCAAGAGGGUCACAGCUAAGAUGGUGGCCAUUAAAAGCAACAUUUCUAAGUUUGAGGACACACUGCAGGAGUACAAACUCUACAGGGACUUUCUGUUUAAGCUUUCUCCUCCAGAGUGGCAGGAGAAACAGAGAGUGAAGAAGAAAAGUCGUACUAAACCCAACUCUGUCAAGGGAGAGCAUGAGGGAAAGAACGAAGAGACAGACAGAGGAAAAAAGACCUGUCAGUCUGAUAGUUAUACAGGUAGAGAGAAGAGGAGCCCUGUUCCACGAGAGCUGCCUCCUCUUCGCGAGGCCCGGGUUCCUUCUGGACGCAGCGUGAAGUCAACUCCUCAGAGCAGCAAAAUUAGCUCUGCAUCUGAAAGUGACAGCUCAGAAUAUGAGGAGGAGCCAGAGCUGUACUUCACAGAUCCUCAACAGCUGCUGGACCUGCUCAGUGAACUGGAAGAACAGAACCUCUCUCUAAUACAAAACUCUCAAGAAACUGAGGAGAGCCUGGAGGAGUUCAGACAGACCAUGGAACAGACUCGCAAGAACAUUGAGCAAGAAGCCAAGCACCUGAAGCAGCAGAUUGAUGCCAUGACAGAGACUCUUAAGAGAGAAAAAGAGAAAACUGCAGAACUGGAGCUCAGUACCAGGUUCUUUGACUUUGGAAAGAGCAAAGCAGAGGAGGAGAGCACUCUGAAUGCUCUGGGCCAGAAGGUAGAGGAGGUCUACCAGAGCUGCAUUGGAGACAGUGAAGCCAACCUGGGCACGUUGCAGAUGCUGACGGCCAUAGAGAGGAGGCUGGGUGAUCUGCUGGAGAGCAUAGAGCUGAUCCCUGCUGAGCGUCUCGCAAUGGCAGAGAGAGCCAAGGAAAAGGAGAGGAGACUCAGACUGCGGGAUGAGAAGCUCACUCUGCAGAAGCAGCACCAGGAAGAGAGAAUAAAGAAAGCCUUUGAGAGAGCUCAAGCUGAGAUCAAGCGAACGUCUGGUAGGAAGCUGAUGCCUCGCUCCCAGCCUCCUGUUCGUAAACUCAGGAACAAAGAGCACAAUGAUACCACAGAUGAGGAGAAGGAGGAAUAUCUUUACUUUUUCACUUGAAGCAUCUGCUGUUUACUAAUGACUCCAUGAGCAUGCCACCCUCCCAGUCAGGGACAGAUUAUUAUAUCCUGGCCCCUGGGCCGGAACACCCUCCCCAUGCUGCCACACAUGAACCAAUUUACAGAUCUUUGAGUUCCCUGCAACCUAAACCAAAAAAAGUGCAAAAAGUACAUUACUACAUUACACAGCCAUUGAGUGUUGUAGUCUCUGAAAAGAUGCAGAAGUGCAUUGCCCUUUACAUAAUAAUGAACUAGUAAGUGCUAAAAUAAUAGUAAUACAAAAUAAUCAGCAACAAUAAAGAAAUGAGACUUCUUUAAUGAUUAUUAAAAGAUCUUUUCAGAAAUAUAUUGUGUAGACAUAAUUGCUUA